GGCGCAGACUCGGCCCCCGCGCCCCGGGACUGGACCCGCGCGGCCCCCAACUUGGUGCUCUGGUCUGGCCGAUGCGCACGUCCUGCUCCAGCCCGGCCACACCCCGGACCCCAGCCCUGCUCCGAGCUCGCGUGGCCGCGAAGCCCCCGGCCGGCUGAGGCCACCCCCGCGCGCGCCCCGCUUCCUGCGGCGGUGGUGCGGCGGCGGGGGUGGGGGGGGAGGGCGGAGCCGUCACCUCCGCCGGUGGCCGCGGACACGCCCAGUUUGGUGCUUACCCUGCUGCUGCUUCCCUUCGGGUCCGGGCCGGGAGAGGGAGAGGCUCUGGCUCCUGGUGGAGGGGCGCCUUUGCCCAGCAGGGCCCCCAGGGGUUUGGACUGGACCCCGCCGCGGCCUUGGGGGCCCACGGUGAGCGCCGAGCCCUGCUCCCGGCCCUUCCUUCGCCCGGAAGCGCCCAGCGCCUCUGCUCCAGCUCCGACAUGUUUGAAUAAACGGCCACGACUUUCUGAAAUUCUGGUAGUGUCGCCUCUUGGGGUGCGAGCCCUUCGGACUGCCCCUCUCGGGGGCGGGGCUGGUGCCAGGCCGGUGGCCCCAUCUUGCCUUUCAGCUCAGAGGAACUCGGCCCCCACCCUCGCCACAGGCACCCGCACGCUCUCAGCACCCCAUCCAGUGCACGCACCUCGGCCUCCAACUCUAGCACGGGGGACGGGGAGCUUCUGGAAUGUGGGAGGAUAUUCUGUAACUGGCGUUAUGUCUUCUACCUCACGGACAGGGUUCUCUGAACCUCACGACGGAGAUGCCGCCGGCCCCCGUGUCACCGCCUGGCGACAGAGCCGGCGCCCGGACAGGCACCCGGGGCUGCUGAUCGCCAGGGCCCCGGCCCGCUCCUCCCCGUCCACGACGUGAGGAGGGGCACAGACCCCACGCCCCACGCCGGCUCUGUGUCCCUCCGGCCCGCUGCUGUGCUGCAGACAGUAGGCGGGGGCCGACCAUGAUCCAUUCCAAACAAUACCAGCGCCAGCCAGACUCACCGCCUCUCAGCCACGCCUCUCGAGGAAGAAACGAUGUUUAUUCCUAAAAAAAACCAGAAGACGUCUUCCACCUGUUUCUGUGUGUUUCUCAAAGAACAGGUGAUCCGGUGGGAGGCUGGGGCUGGAGCAGCUGGACCUGCUCAGCCCCACGGGAGCCCCUGACCUUAGAGGCCGGGACCAGGACGCAGCCACGGGGCAGCCUGGGGGGAAGGCCAGAGCGGACCCCUGCCCUCCCUCUACGGACUGCGCCUUCCUCUAAGCCAUUUUGUACGUCGGUAAAGAGCGCGGAAUCUCUCUUUUUUCUGUUUUGGAGGUUUGACAAACGUCAAGGAAUUCAAAGGCGGAUGUUAGUUCCUGAAGUUUCCGUUUGCAGUUUUUGCCUUGCUUCUGUUUGAAUCUUAUAAUUAAACACAGCUUUUGAUACUUA